AUCUUGUCUCUCUGUAGGCGGCGGUUGAGCAUAUAUCUACUUGGUUAUGGCCACAAUAAAGGUUGUUAUUUCUGGGCCAGCAACAAAGACACAAUUUCAUCUUUUCUUGUUGGUUUCUAUUGGCUUUAUACUUCCGUAGCCGUUGUUCAACAUGCGCUACAACCUGAAAUCCGCAGGCGCGACGAGUGCCACAGCUCUCCUUGCGCUAAUUGGUAGCGCGGCGGCGCAGCACGAGCUUGCCGAUAGCGAGGUCCCAUUCAUAGGGGGUGGCCUGUACAACUCUAGCGACCCGUCGUUGGCAGGUUACAAGGUCCAGUACAAGCCACCCUUCAAAGCGUCCAAUUAUGGCGGCUAUUACAGCUGGGCAGUGAACAACAACACCGUCGGCAUUAACAACAACACUGCCCAAACCGACCCUCUCGGAAUCCCAAAUACCCCAGCGGACAACACCGUGUACCCCUUCUUUGUAAUCAACGAGGGGACCCCGAAAAAGGUCUUCCCCGCCAAAGCCAACGACGAUGACGCAGACUGGCAGCACAUACACGGCGACGGCGACCGCAAGUUCAAGAAGAUCCUUCAUGUCAUCUUCGAGAAUGAAGUCUACGGUUGGACCAUGGCUGAUAAGUGGUGGAAGCUGCUCGCGAAACGGGGAAGACUCCUAACGAACAGCUACGGCAUCACGCACCCGUCGCUACCGAACUACCUUGCUCUCCUUGCUGGGGACUUUUUUGGGAUCGCUGGCGAGGACCUCUAUAACGUUAAUACUACGACUGUGUAUGAUCUCCUCGACGCUGAGAAGAUCAACUACGCUACCUACGUCGAAGGUUAUACGCCCCUUGAGACGAAGCGCGGCCCGAACGACUGCAACAAUGAGCUCUUCCUCGGCCCGCUCGAUAGCACCAAUCCCGACUGGUCCAGCCCUGUAUACCGCCGCCUGGAUGUUCCGGCGCUGCUGUUCUCGACGUACACCGAGAACUACGAACGCUGCAGCAAGGUCUACAAUGCGACCGCGAAGUUCGAUGAGGAUGUGUUUGGCCACAGUAUGCCCGCGUACUCUUACUACGUCCCGGAUAUGCUGCAUAAUGGACAUGACCCCGAGUCUAACAGCGAUUAUGCCCACCAGCCUACUACAGCCGGGAUGUGGUUCAAUGCGUUCCUAGAUAUGUAUCUUGAGGAGCUUACGGAACAGGGGACGCUGAUUGUGGCGACAUUUGACGAGGCGACGUGGCAGGAUGAUAACGACUAUAUUCCGAACAACAACAACCAAAUUGCGACUAUUUUGUUUGGGCACGGGAUUGAGCCUAACACCAAGGAUGAUUCGUAUAUCACCCAUUAUGGACUCCUCCGCGGCGCUAUCAGCAACUUUGGACUUGGUUCCCUCGGCCGCAACGACACCAAUGCUACAAAUGGGAACCUAGCCAUGGUGCUUGGGUCUAAGGAGUAGGUGGAACUAGAAGUUUGAACUUACUUCAUGUGUGACUCUGGAAUGGGUUCUUAAUAUUCUGGAUGUCACAUACAAUGAUCCUAUUAAGGAUAAGUAGAAUAAAAUGCAGA